AUGACAGAUACUGAUAGUUUGAUGGUUAUCAGUGUUGAUGAGCAAGAUAUACAGAAAUAUGAUGAAGAUGAAUCUCGUUUGUAUAUUGAUGAGAAUAUAUUUGAUUCUAUGAAUAAUUCUUCUCAACAAUCAACUAAAUCAACAAAUACAGGCAAUGCUUUUGAACUUGAUUUAAUUUUAAUAGCUAAUAUUAAUCGUUAUCAAACACGAUCGUCUCAGACUAUUCUUACAUCGAAUACAAGUCUUCUAAUUAAACGAAAUCGAUCAACAGUUUGUCAAGCAAAAUAUUUUGCGACAAUAACACAAGAAACAAAUACUGAUUCUAUGAAUAAAGAAGAUGAAGAACGUAUUUCAGUUAUCAAGAAACAAAGGACAGAAAAUAUUAAUUUGUUAUUGUCUCUAUCAAGUUAA